CCUCACCCACCAUGGCCACCUCACCCAACACGCCUGUUCCGCAGGUAGCAAUAGCCCCUGAGGCUGUGGUGGAGCCGCGCAAGUUUGAGCUGUUGCGAUCGCUGGCGUCUGGUGGUAUUGCCAACACCAUCUCAAGCAUUGUGCUCAACUUUAGUGAUGUGGCCAAGGUCCGGUCACAAUGCCAGAAGCAGGCGAUGGCAUCCAACCCGAACCUCAAGCCGAUCUACAACACGUUUACUGGGACGAUGAGGGUGAUUGUCAAGGAAGAGGGCAUUGGCGGGCUGCUACUUCCUGGAAUGGGCGCGUCGAUCUUGCGAGAGCUCUCGUACUCGUCGAUUCGCCUCGGCCUGUAUCCGAUUGUCAAGCGGGCGAUCGGAACCGACGAUGAGCACGGCGACGUGGGGCUGGCCCCCAAGAUUGCGGCGUCGCUGAUGACGGGUGCGCUCGGCUCGGCCAUCGCCAACCCGACCGAUCGGAUCAAGAUCAUGAUCCAGCAAGAGGCCGGGCUCGUCGACCCCAAGACCGGGCGGUACAUCACCGGACUGGCCAAGGGCUCCAAACCGUCGUUCAACGGCACCUUUGCCGCCUUUGUCAAGAUCUACCGGACCGAGGGCUUCCUCAACGGGCUCUACCGCGGCGUCGGCCCAACCGUCGUCCGCGCUGCCCUCCUCACCUGCGGGCAAAUGGCGUCGUACGACCACGCCAAGCAUCUCUUCAAGCGGCACGGCAUCCUCAACGAGGGCUUCUCGCUCCACUUUUCCUGCGCCAUCAUUGCCGCCGUCGUCGCCAACACCAUGUGCGCUCCGGCUGACCUCGUCAAGUCACGAUACAUGGCCGAUCGCGCCGGCGCCUCACCGGUUUACAAGUCCGCCAUCGACUGCCUCAUCAAGACCGUCCGUGCAGAGGGCAUUCGCGGUCUCUACAUCGGCUACACUGCCUCGCUCUACCGCCUCGGUCCGCACUUUGUCGCCACCCUCCCGGCCCUAGAGUGGAUCCGCAAGAACAUCUUUGGCCUCGACUACGUGUAAUCCCCCGUAAAAUUGCCACACUCCUC